CCCACCGAGCCGCAUGGUGGAUGCUGCGCUUGCGAACGCGUCGUCGAGGCACGCCGACUGAACACCCAGCCAGUACGAUGCUCUAACGGCGGUGCAUCCCUGUCCGCUGCGAGCGACCGACCGACCGACCCAGGAGAGUAACGGGACGAGCCAGCGAGGUCGCGAGAGGACCACGAAACGAAUUAAUUCGAUAACACGACCUUGACGACUUGGGAGGAUUGCAAAGCAUUCUUUCGAGCUGAAGCAAGCGCUGCUGCUUUUUAUCCAAGGAUCGUCCCGAAUUACGCUUCAUCAUGAAGUGGUCUCCAGGAGCUUUGUUCUGCGAACAAGUAGGCGAACUCACCCGGGUGUUCUCUCAGUGGAACGAGUGCGAGCAGACCGUCGUCUUAUAUGCCCUGCUCAGACGUAUUCCAGCAGUCCAGGCAAGGUUUCUGGCACAGGCGGUACAGCAUUCGUUGCACUCCGUAUCGGAGCUAGACACGCAAGAGCUUAAUGCCAAUAAUCCAGCUUUCAUCAAUUCUCUACUAUCGGAGUCCACUGAAGUAGCAAUCAAUCAACUGCUCACUCAUCUACCAUUGUUGAGGCCAGGCAACGUGGAAUGCAAGCAGUGCUAUCUCGUAGCGAUACCUGAAUUAGUGAGCCACUGCGUCACCACUGGACAAUACACCGAACAGAUACAACAGCUCUUGAGCUAUACACUGAUCCACCCUGCUAUCACUAGCCAAGAUCGACGAUCAUUGACCCAAUGGUUGAGACAUUUAGAGGAGCGAAUUAGCGGUACUCCUCCCAUACACAGCCUCGAAGAGUAUACUAAUACUCCUAGCAGGUGGGACAAUGCUUGGCAGCGAAGCUCGAAGCAGCAGCAAAAUGAUCAAUCGAAUCUCUUCGGUUCUCAACCGGGCACUACUUUUAAUCUACAGUUUCCACCUCCGGUAACUCGACAGAGACGUUCAAAUAGUCUUACACCUCCUGUUGCGCCUCCACAUCACCUGGAGGUAGUCGAACGCAGCAACAAUGUGAAUAAUUCGACGAGACAUAAGCCUCGCAGUUUUAGCGUUUCAGGAGAUCAUUCGAGUACUCUUGCGGGUCUUGGACCAUUGAGCCCCCAGAGUUCUUGUGCAAGCAGUGGCAGCGAAGGGCGCUUAGACGAGGCCUCUACUAGAACUCUUGCAAGCGGAAUGCGAGAUGUAGCAUCAUGGCUGAAAACUUUACGACUUCAUAAAUACAGUUAUUUGUUUGCGACGCUGAGCUACGAAGAAAUGCUCGAACUGACCGAAGAUCAAUUAGCCGAGCAGGGUGUUACGAAGGGGGCAAGACACAAGCUGGCUCUUUCGAUCACUAAGUUACAGCAGCGUUACUCGACCCUUCUUAACUUGGAAAAAGACCUGCUGCAACCCACCCGCGAUGGAAAUCAGUCCGCUUCGUUUUCCCAGGGUCCAGCUCUUCUGGUCAACACUUUGGACGAACUGAAGACCAUCUUGGCUACGCCUUUAAAACCAAGCCAAGAGGGCGAUCCGCAAGACAUUCCAGCUCAAUUUACAAAGGUUCUGGGCAAACUAUGCAGCAGACUGGCUCUGGAGACGGUAGACGACGGUGUUUUGUGUGCUUGUAUCAACAUCCUGGAGAAGAUCUUGCAACACGACUGCUUCACGCCAAACCAAAAAGAGAAGGUCCAGCAGUGGCGCAGCAGGCUUGGCAAUCCGAGACCUACACCAAAGUGGCAGCACAAUUACAGUUACAACAACAGAAGAUACUGCAACCCGCAGCAACACAAUCCGCACAAUCGAAAGCCGAGUCUUAACUUGAGCCACGUCCACAACGCGCAUACACACGGCAACUCGUUUCUGGUCAGUCCACACAGGAACAGUAUAUCCACCCCGUACUUGCAGAACAGUCAGAACCAAAGCUUGAACCAGAGUAACCUACGACCGAUUCACGUAACCGAGAAGAGACCCAGCUUACAGGAGACCAGCCUUGAGCAGCUGCAAAGAACCUUGCAGCGCACGUACAGCGCGCCGAGAGAUCACUUCCUUGGCCAGUCGAGCAACACGUCCGAGACGACCGACCCGGAGAUCAACUCUCGUUUGGAAUCGCUGUGCCUGCGAAUGACGGAACAGGCCAUCGGAGGGUUCGGAGAGGCCUAAUUUCCUACUCGCAGACCGCGACGUGAUGAUCCAACUCCCGAUGAAACGUGCCGCUCUGGAGCGGGUCUAAGAAAGGUUGGUCCACCGGUCUCAGGUGAGAUUGUAUUUUUCAUAAGUCUUCGAAGAGAGAAUCGCGUAACGAGCGACGACCCGUAGCAUCCAUUAUAUAGCCCUACCAAAUGCAACGUCCGACCCUCGAGACGUACGAAAAUUUUCGAUUAUCGACCGAAUCGACGAAUUGACUUACCGAUUAUUUGUAAAUCGUAUUUUACUACACGACACGCCCGUUGCAAUUGUACCAUAUGUGAACUGACAGAAUUUGGCAAGCCAAAUGCUACUAGAAAGAUAGAUUCUUUCCUUUACUAUUUACUACGUCUAUAUAGAUAUAUUAUAUAUGAAAAAGUAUAUAUACCACGAUAGGAUUAACAAUGAGGGAGGGAGAUAGAAGAGAAAGAGAUAUAAAAUCCCCCCCCCCAACAGAAAAGAAAAAAAAAAGGAAAAUACGAAAGAAUGACGAAGGAUGGAAAACAACCCGUGCGAUACUUGCAAUAUUUGUUUUUUGUGUUAUCCAUUUCGGGAAAUGGAAUUCUGCUGAUUUUAAUCGCUAAGACGCAUUAUGGUAAUAUAAUGUAAUUCAUUUUAAUGAACGGACUGAUUUUACUUUUUACUCUGCUGUCUCCGUAGGACAAACCAAUAUUACACGUAUAGAUAUAUAUCUAUAUAUAUAUACAUAAAUAUAUUAUUAUUAUUAAAGAACGAACUAUACUUAAAGCGCCCGCGUGCUCCGUGUAUGCAAAACGUAAUUGUCUGUACUGUGGUUUUGUUUACUCUUUUUUUUCUCUUUGUUUUUUUUUUUUUUAAAUCUUCCGAUGGACUCUGUCGCGCGCAAUGUAUAAGACCGCAGAGUGUUUGUGUACUUUUUCUUUCAUUUGCGACAGGGUCCUGCACUUAAAGAAACCUCGUAUUUGCGUGUGUAUGCUUCGCAGUUCAUGCACAGAUUUCGUAGUUUACGCUCCGACCAGAAAAACUCGGUACGAGUCCCUUUUCUCCUAUUUUCCUUUUUUCAUUUCCUCUCGAGAACGAGAGAGGGGAAAACGUUCUAAAGGGCCUUAAAAUAUGAAACCAAAAGACGGGAGAGAAGGAGGGAGAGGGAAAACGCGUAAAGAACCCGCGGGCGAAAGAGGAGAGAUAGAAUGGAGAGUGUAAAGCUUUUCGACAUCGAAAUCUGUGGCUUUAAAUUCUAAGCAUACAUUGUCACAUGAAGAGACACACACACACGUACACGUACACGUACACCUUAUUAUUAUUAUGCAUUAGCGGUUUAAGGAGCUUUUUGCGAUACCAUUAUAGGGAUAUUUUCGUGCAACAAAAUCUACAGACUAAUAUUAAUUGUAAUUAAUUGACGCGAGAGGGUAAGAUAACGAAGAAAAAGGGAAAAAAAUAAUAAGUGAGGGAGAGAGAGAAAAUGGAGGAAAAAAAAAACAGAAAUAAUAAUGAACCCAAGAAAAGACUGACUAAUUCGCGCGCGCCCCCCCGCGCGCGCGAAUGAAACAAUUCGAAGACUGCGGAAUGGGAACGACGAGAGAGAGGAGAUAUUGGGAGAGGGAGAAAGGAGGGAAAAAAAGGAACGGAGGAAACCUCGUCAAAAUGUAAUACGAAUCAGAUAGGAGGCCGGGAGGUGUAUUCGAGUACGGAGGGAGGUGUGUACCGUUUUAGCGCCCUAGGUUUAAACACCGAUCGUGUUGUAAACGCUGUACUCUAUCGUAAUUUGUAAUCGAUAUCGUGUAUAAGACUAACGACGCUCCGACGAGCGUCGCGGAAUUAGCGAGGAACUAUAUCCCAGGGGCUGCCGAGAUGCGAGUCCUAAGGAAAAUAACGAUUACCCAAGAAUACCCAAGAUGCGAGAAACACUGCGUCCCGCGUACUGCGUGCGACCUGAGAAUUCGUCAGGGGUGCGAACAGGAGAGGGAGAGAGAGGAAGAGAGAGAGAGAUAUCGAAAGCUAGUCAAACGAUACGUUUCUAAUUUCUAUCAGUUGAUAAACGUAUAGUCGAUAAUAGUGUUUAUUACUUUACACUGCACACUGUACACUUACUCGCGCGCAUUCGGGGGUCUCCCCUCUCCGGUCGGACCAGCUGAACCGGGGGAUCCCCGUAAUAAGACUGCUCUCCGGCGCGCCAGACUCGUACAUGGGAGGUCGUAUAACGAAUUAACGCAGCAUCCGAUUCCGUAUCUGUAAAGGCAGGACCUAAAUGACGGAGAAUCCGAGGUAGACGGGAGAAAGGGCGAAGGACGGAGCGAGACGCUUCGCGGACCUUCGGAGGACGAGUUCUCUCUCGCCUCCGUCGCCGUUCUCGAUUCUAUGGUUCACGGUGCGGCGCGCGUACGGGCCGAUAGCGGGAUUAUUCUGUACACCAUAUUCGAUGGCUGUCGACGUCGGUUAUCGGGUUAUUCCAAUGGGCUCACGAUAUCGAUAGACAUCGAAUUAGCGUAAACAAUCCCGGCUCGGGUUCGGGGCGUCCCUCGGCAUCCGAUCGGCAAGUUGUUCGUGGAACCGAUCGGAACGACGCCGGUCUCUUCGGUCGUCUUCGGGAACGCUCGGACGAAGUCGGGCCGCCAUGGAGAGACCCAAACCUUCCCCGCACUCGCGCCGCAGUCGGCUUACCCCGGGCGGCUUUAGACGCAUUAUAGGUAAUACGGAAAGGUAUAUUAUACAUAUAUUAUACAUAUGCGAUACAAGGGUGCGACAAGGAAUAUCUUAGCGAGCGGCAAUUUGGUCGGUCACACGCGCGCCAACUAUUGUUGCAUUCCUGUUCCAUCGGAAACUGGCGCGGCGUCCUCUCGUGGGGGGUUCUCUUUUUUUUAAUUUCUUUUCUUUAACGACAUCCGGAUAUUCAAUGCCCCAGGGUACCUUGGAACACGGUAACCACGUCCGUAGGGUGAUACCCUGUCCGGGGAGGACGCCCCCUUGACGUUUUAGGAACAAGUCUUGGCCACGCACACCUCCGUCAACCACGUCCCCUUGGUUUUUUUUGUUUUCUUUUUUUUUUUUAAACCCAGGUAGCAAGCCGCGAUUUUUAUCGAUCCGCGCCCGGGAAUUUACGGCCGGCGAACGGUUUAGGUGAUUUAUAAUGAGCAUACGUUAGGAGGACAGCGAGGUACCGGCGAAACGCCGGAAUGUAUUCGUGAGCCGUAGAAGGAAGACGCGCGACGCUCCCUUGGUGAGACGGGAUAGGACGCGGCGACGCGCGUCCCGGCGGCGCGACAUCUUCCGCUCGAUUAUAUAUAAACUCGUUUCUCCUAGAUUGCGCUCCGUAUUCAGGAUUCGAUCCGAGUGGUAUAUCGCUCUUUUUCUCGGGGACUACCUCUCGGGAGGGUCCUUUUCUUUUCUUAUAAACGACAAAUUCGGCCUGGCCGGGGUCGCGAAUACGGGCCGCAAAGUGCUUAUUGCAAUCAGGUUGCUAACUGGGAUAUUUAGUCAUGUAAGCUGGACAACUUGUAAAAACGCAAUUUUUGUACUGUUACGAAGUUACAUAGGACGAAGGUACACUGACGUUGUAGCGUGAAAGAACAUUUUUCAAUAAAAGAUUUUUCAUACGCAA